CGCGGUGACGGCGGCUGCUCUCGCGAGAUCUGCCCCCCCUUCCCUUCCCGGUGGUGAGCGGGUGAGCGGGUGUGCGUCGGGGGGGGCCGGGUUGCUGCGCAGACACCGAGUGCGGCCGAACCGGGCAGGCCGGGAGAGGCAGGCGCCCGCCUUAACCGCUGUGGGGAGAUGCCGCCGCCCUGACCGGCACCGGGGAGAGGAGCCGCGCCGGGCAGGGGGCAGACGGCGGUGACACCCGCCCCAGCAGUGAAGUAUGCGAGACCUAACCGCUCAGGUAACAAGCAGUCUGCUGCAGUUUCCAGAAGUGACUGUUCAAGCACUUGGAGAAGAUGAGAUAACACUAGAAUCUGUACUUCGUGGGAAGUUUGCUGGAGGGAGAAAUGGACUGGCUUACUUGGCCUGUGGUCCUCAGCUUGAGGUAGUAAACUCUAUCACGGGAGAACGGCUGUCUGCAUAUCGUUUCAAUGGAGUAAAUGAACACCCACCCACUGUCCUUGUGGUGAAGGAAUUUUCCUGGCAGAAAAGAACUGGACUUCUAGUUGGAUUGGAAGAAGCAGAAGGGAGUGUUCUCUGUCUGUAUGACCUUGGAGUAUCAAGAGUGGUAAAAGCAGUUGUUCUUCCAGGAAGGGUAACUGCUAUUGAACCCAUAAUUAAUCAUGGUGGAGCCCGUGUCAGCACUCAACAUUUGCACCAGAGUCUGCGAUGGCUUUUUGGUGUGGCAGCUGUGGUUACAGAUGUUGGUCAUAUCCUGCUGAUUGACCUUUGUUUGGAUGAUUUCUCAUGUAGUCAGAAUGAAAUAGAGGCAUCAGACCUAGAAGUGAUCACUGGGAUCCCUGCUGAAAUCCCACAAAUAAGAGAAGCUGUGACCAGAGAGGGACGACAUCUCUGUUUCCAGUUACUAAGUCCAUCGGGAGCAGCUGUAACAACCUUAUGCUACAUAAGCAGGAGCAAUCAGCUGGUUGUGGGAUUCUCAGAUGGCUAUCUUUCACUGUGGAAUAUGAAAACCUUGAAGAAGGAAUACCACUUUCAGCUAGAAGGAGGGAGGAUACCUGUCUAUGCUGUUACUUUUCAAGAACCUGAAAAUGAUCCCCGCAAUUGCUGUUACUUAUGGGCAGUUCAGUCUACACAAGAAAGUGAAGGAGAUGUUGUGAGUUUGCAUCUGCUGCAGUUAGCCUUUGGUGACAGAAAACGCUUGGCAUCAGGACAAAUCAUGUAUGAGGGUUUGGAGUACUGUGAAGAAAGGUACAGUCUAGACCUCACAGGUGGAGUCUUUUCAUUAAGAGGGCAGACUAGCAAUACCAAACUACUCAGUUGUCAGACUAUAGAAAAAUUUCGCAGCCAUAUUGACAGAGAGGAUGGCGUGAAUGAAGUAAUAUCUCCUGAUACCAGUGUGUCAGUCUUCAGUUGGCAAGUGAAUACAUAUGGCCAGGGCAAACCAUCUACUUAUUUGGGCAUAUUUGACAUAAAUCGCUGGUACCAUGCUCAAAUGCCUGAUUCUUUAAGACCAGGGGAAUUUCUUCAUAAUUGCCCCUAUUUUGCAUUAUGGUCGCUGGAUGCUGUAGUGAGUAUGACUUCUCCACACCACAUCUUGGAUAUUCUGGUACAUGAGCGAAGCUUAAGUCGUGGAGUUCCUCCUUCAUAUCCGCCUCCUGAGCAGUUUUUUAAUCCAAGCACCUACACUUUUGAUGCUACUUGUUUGUUGAACUCUGGAGUUAUUCACAUGACUUGCACUGGGUUUCAGAAGGAGACCUUACAUUUUUUAAAGAAAUCUGGUUCUUCUUUAAAUGAAGCCAUUCCUGAUAACUUCAAUAGAUGUCUUAUCGCUGGCUUGCUCUCUCCGAGACUUAUUGAUGUACAGCCUUCUAGUUUAAGUCAGGAGGAGCAGUUAGAAGCUAUAUUAUCUGCUGCUGUCCAAACAAGUUCUUUAGGACUUCUUACUGGCUGCAUCAAACAGUGGACAGCUGAAGAACAACCAAACUCAGCUGCUAACCUGCGCUUUGUUCUCGAGUGGACAUGGAAUAAAGUGAUUUACACAAAAGAUGAGUUUGACCGAAUGUGUGUCCCACUGUUUGAUGGCUCAUGUAACUUCAUUGAUCCACAGACUAUACAGUCUCUUCAGCACUGCCAAUUGCUUCUUAGCAACCUUAGCACAGUCUUGAACUGCUUUCUGACAGAAGCACAAGAGCUCACUGAGAGAGGUUUUACGGAUUUGACAAAUAAGCAGGUUGUAACCAGCCUCAUUUCUCAAUAUUCCCAUGUGGUCAUUUGGUUCUGCCGAUCCAGUCUCCUUCCAGAGGGUUUAGAUGAUGAUAUGCAGUUGUCUAGGCCUUUCUACAAUUACCCACUGAUACAAAGCUACUGUACUGGUCAUAGACAGAAACUAGAGCGCUUGUCAAGAGGGAAAUGGAAUGCCGAUUGCUUGAUGAUUGAUGGACUGCUUUCCCAGUUAGGAGAUCAAGUUGAGAAAUUGUGGCGAAGAGAUGAAGGAGGAACUGGGAAAUAUCCCCCUGCUAGCUUGCAUGCGCUGCUUGAUCUCUAUUUGUUACAAAAUAUUGAAGAAACUUACAAACAUGCAAUUACAAUUUAUUUGCUGUUAGAUAUCAUGCAUUCCUUUCCAAACAAAACAGAGACUUCAUUUGACUCCUUCCCAACUGCCUUUGCUAUCCCUUGGGGUCUGGUUAGACUUGUUCAAGGUUUUUGGCUUUUGGAUCACAAUGACUAUGAGAGUUCAUUGGCCCUUUUAUUUCAUCCAGCUACAAUCAAAACAAUGUCAUGGCAACAUAUGAAAAUUAUUCAAGCCUUGAUGUGCCAAGGAGAGCACAGACAAGCCCUCAGAUACAUACAGAUGAUGAAGCCAUCAAUGUCAAGUAGCAGUGAAGUUGCACUUCACCUCACUGUUUUAUUGUUUAAUAGGUGUAUGGUGGAGGCUUGGAGUCUUCUGCGGCAGCACUCCACCAGGUUAAAUGUAGAAGAGUUGUUAAAACACAUGUAUGAAGUCUGUCAAGAGAUGGGACUAAUGGAAGAUUUGUUGAAACUACCAUUCACAGAUACUGAACAAGAAUGUUUAGAGAAGUUUUUGCAAACCAGUGCUGGUAUCCAGAAUCACGAGUUCCUUUUAGUCCAUCAUCUACAGCGUGCCAAUUACAUCCCUGCAUUACAGUUGAAUCAGUCAUUGAAAGUUAAUCUCAUGAAUGAUCGUGAUCCUCGUUUGAGAGAGAGGUCAGUUGCCAGAAAUUCUAUAUUAGACCAGUAUGGAAAGAUCCUUCCUAGAGUGCAAAGGAAGCUGGCUGUAGAGAGGGCCAAGCCUUACCACUUAUCUUCUUCAAUUCUGCGAGAAGUUUCAAGACCCAAGCCAUUGUCAACUGUGGCAAAACAAACUACUGCAGGGAAUGUGCUUACAAGAGCAACUUUCAUUAAUAAUGUGCUGUCUAAAAUUGGAGAGGUCUGGGUGGGAAAUGAACAGAAAAGUGAUUUCUCACAGUAUGAUAGUCCUAGAAUUGAAGAACCACCACCUAUGGCACUGCCUUUCCCUGAUACAGAACUACCUGAUCCAUUUGUUGGCACUCCAGUUACAAAGUCUUCGCGUAAAAGUUCCAGAUUGCUGGAUUUGGUGGUUCGUCCUGUUCCUCUGUGUUCUCCCUCAUUUGAGAGUAAUUGGCAGACACCAUGUAGAGCUUCUACUUCAUGUACUAUAUCCAGUCCAUUACAGUCAAACUCACGGAGCCCCAUAUUGCACACGAACAUUUCAAGAGCAUCAGAGUUGAAUUUGUUGGAGACUCCUCUUGUGGUUAAGAGAGCUAAAGCUUUGGCCACAUCAUCUGCUGCUUCUGGUUUCCCUGGGUUUACUCUGCAAUCUAUUUUGAGAUCCAGUCUUCGUACCACACCCAUAGCAACUCCUUCUGCAUCUUCAGGAAGAUCAAUUACUCCUCCUCUACGGGCAAAAGAACCCAGAAUUUCAUUCAGGGAAGAGAAUGCAACUUCCAAAUGGACAGCUGGGAUGCUGGGAGAUGAUAAAACAAAACCCCUUGUAGCUUCAUCUGAACAUAACCUUGGAGUUCAAAUGGAGGACACUUGGUCUAAGGACAGAGAUAAAGUUUCUCCCUUUACUUUGAUCUGUCCCGAGGAGGAUCCUGCAGAAAUGAAUGAGUCCUCAAAAGGUAUAGCAGGAGAUGUCCUGGAGAAAAUGGAAGUCAGCAAAGAAACUAGUAAUUUUUCUGCCAGGUCAGACCAGACUACCUUGGAAUAUCAUGAUGCAAGAUCACCAGGUGACUUUGAGGAUGAUGUUAUCUUCAUAACUUCCAAACCAGCUAAUUCUUCCGACGAAGGUGUUGCUAUCAUACAGGAAGAGAUGGAGGAAGAAGGCAGUGAGGUGGUCAAAAGUGAGCCUUUGCAGUUUGAACAACAGACUUCUUCAGAGCUGGAGAAAGAAACUGGGUUUCUGGAAAGGACAGAAAUAGCGUGUCCUACCCUUCCUGAGGAGGAUAUGUUGGUGUUGAAUCGCUUAAGCAUCUUUCAAGUUGCUGGAGUCUCUACUUGUUUGUCAGCCGGUGAAAGUGAAACUGCCACUGAAGAGUCCAAGAUGCCAUCUUUAUCAGAAGAAAAAGAGCUGCCUCUCACAAGAUCACAGGCUUUGGAGGCAUCAGGAGCAAUUUCUGAAUCUGUGAUCAGUAUCCUUCACAGUGAGGAUAUUCCCAGUACUCAUUCAGAAAACCAGCUUCAAGAGGAAAGGGUUGAGGACCUACAUGAAGAUCAGAAGUCAGAGGAAGCUGCAAUAGAAGAAAAUGUUCUGUUCCUGCAAGAAAAAACAUCUACUUCUAAAAGUCCUCCUGAAACUAAAGAAGUUAAUAUUAUUGAAGAUGGCACAUCUGAUGUCCAAGCUUCAGAAGAAACAGCUGAGACACCUCCAUUUAAUGAGCAAUAUCCAUCAGGCACCCUUAAACUUCAAUAUAACUUUGAUGCUAUCAAACAGCAGUUCACUUGUGACUUGCCUGAUACUAAAGACACCGAUGAAUGUGACGCAGCUGAAGGGGAUGGAGAGCUUUUCAUGUCUGAAAGCAAUUUUACUUUAAUAUUAGAAGGAGAAGAGGGUGAAACUGAGACAGGAGACCCUACGUUAGAUAUGUCUACUAAACCAGUUAGCACAAAAACAGAGGACAAGCAUAUGAAUCAUGUAGGCAAUAUUGAUAACCAAGAGAACAUUACGAAUUCAGUGCCCACUGUAACUAGUGAUCAGGAGUCUCAGAAUAUUGCAGAGCCAUUCCCAUAUGUGCCUGAACCUGUUAAGGUAGCUAUUGCUGAAAAUUUAUUAGAUGUAAUCAAAGACACAAGAAGUAAAGAAUUCAUUUCUGAAGUAGUGGAACAAUCUGUUCAUGAAAGUAUACCUUUAAUGAGCAAAAUGGUAACUAGUUCCCAGAAGUCAAUAAAGACUCCACUAACAACUGGGCAGGAAGCAAAUGCAGAUAAUGCCAGUGUUUGUCAAGUAGACUAUGUGGUGACACCUAAACGUCCAAGGGGACGAAAGAGAAAAAAUCUAAAUAUCCCCUCAACAGAUGCUCAACAGCUGUCAAAUGCAGGCAGACCAGAUCUGUUGGGACCGUGUACCCUGAGGAGAAGUGCUAGGCGAACAAAAGAAACUUCUGCGAUUCAUGAAGGUUCUCAUCUUGAUUCUGAUGGAAAUUCUCAAGAUCAGCAAAUAUCUCAGAUCCCUGAUACUCCUAGGAGAGGCUCCAGGAAAACUAGGGGGAAUCAUUUAGAAACAUCAGACAACGUUCAUUCUAUUGGACAGUCAUUACAGAUGGUUGGUACUCCAAGGAGAAGGUUAAGGAGAACCAGGGAACCUGCAUCAGUACUUUCUGAACAGGCUAAUGAGGAAAUUCCUCUUGCUGAAGAAGCAAUUAAGCUAUCUGCUACUUCUAAAAGGACUGGUAGAGGUGCAAAACAUUCAAUAGGGGAUCAAGAAAAUAGCCAACUUUUCACUGAUCACAAGGUAAAAAUGGCAGUUAGUCCCAGUAAAAGUGGAAGAAAACUAAAAAGUGUUAGUUUACAGCUUACUGAAAACAUCAUUACUGAUCAGGAGACAGAGCCCUAUGAGCAGCAGCUGCCUGUGCCAACUAGAAGAGGCAGGAGGAAAAAGACUAGUACAUCAUCAGAAGUUUCAGAAAAUUGUGAGCUUGAUACAUCUAAGCCUUCUCAUCAUCAAAUGGAACUUAAAUCUUCUGUAACUACUAGACGAAAUAUUAGAAGGAGGACACUAAAUCUACCUGCAGGUACAGAUUCUAUACCCACUCUGGAAGACGUACAUUCAGAGGAGAGAGAGAAAAUGCCUGAUACCCCCAAGAGAAGAGCAACAAGAGUUACACCUGCUAAAGUAGAAAAAACAGGUACUGGAAAACCCACUCUAGAGAAAACACCUGUUCAGCCAGUUGAGGCAUUGGCUGCAACCAGGACUUCAGCAAGAGCUGGACAUAGAAACAGAAAGAGGCAACUACAGUCAGUAUCAGAGGAAAGCACAGAGGAAGAAGGCUUGCCUCAAGGAACUGAUUGCAAUCCUUCUUUGCUAGUUGCAGACCUAACUGAAUCAAGACUUGAUGAAAUGGAGAGAACUUUAGCAGUUCAUGGUACUCGUGUUACAAGGACCAGAUCCAGCAAAAUUGGCAUGCAUCAGAAGCUCUCCCUAGAGGAAAAUGAGUCCUUCUUUUUCUCUCCCCCUCUCACAAAGCUUACAAAGAAAUCAAAAGCUGAAAAGGCAGAGCAUCCGGUACAGCUCAAGGAUUUAGACCCAGAGUUGUCUUCUCAGUUUGUGUUCUCACCCCCCCUUUUGAGGUCGAGGAGGAAACAUGUAUCCAGUAUUUCACGGAUUGUGAAAGAAUUGGAGUUACCAAUUAAAGAUGAGGAUAACAAAACAGUAGAGUUUGUGGGAAAGCAGAAAGUGAAGCGAAGAAGAGCUACAAAAUCAAAAACACAGAAAGCAAGCAAAACCACAGGGAAAGAAUGUUCUUGGUCACCUCCACCAGUGGAAAUUAAGUUCAUUUCUCCGUUUGGAAGUCCUGUGGAUGGGACAAAAAGCAAACAGAAAGAAACUGCAGAAACAGCAGAAAAGACUCUUCGAAAGAACAAAAAGAGACUGUCUAAUUUCCCAAAGCCAGUUGUACGCCGGAAGAUGCUAUAACUGUUUUUUAAUUUGUAAUGUACACCACUGUUUGUAAAGUCAUCAAAAUUGUGUGGAUUAUUAAAAAAAAUCAUCUAAUUUGGAAGAGAAUAAUUUAUAUAAAUUAUUGUAAAAUUUCAUAAACGGUCUUCAAUAAGUAACUCCAUAUGGAGUGUGAUUUCUUCAGUCAAUGCAGUUUUUCUAUUUUAUAUUAAGACUUCAUACAUUUAUAUAUGUAAAUACAGCUUAUUUUAGGAAUGUUAAAUAAAAAUGUAUACUUCACAAUAUGCUUAUUGUCUGCUAGCUUUUUGAGAGGGAAUAAUGGUUUGAGUGGACCAAAUUGUUUGAGAACAUCUUAAUGUUGUCUCGCCAUAAUUACUAACCCUCCAAUAUUAGGCCAAAACUCUUUUAAAAAAUUUGUUUGUUCUUACUAUAAUGAUUAAAAAUUUAAAACCUGACAGUUGUUUUAAAUUUUAUAGAAAAUGUUUAACCCUUUGGCACCAAUAAUUGGGAUUGUAGAACACAAGCUGCUAAUUCCUUACAUCAUGGUUAAAAUGUACUGUAUUGAAGUCAGAAUGUAAACAAUUGUAUUGAACCUGUGCAAUAUUUUUUUUGUAUUUGUCUUAAACUUUGGGAAAGCUGCUCUUGAGUUUAUAAAACUAGAUCACACCUCA